CUAAUAUCUCUAUUCGUGUUAGCUGAAGUGUUUAGGAAACUAAGCCUGUUUUCUUCGUAAAAGUUCACAGCAUUGUAUUGCGCCUUAGACAAGUAAGAAGUCAUGGAAAUGGCAAAGCACUCUGCUGAAGUGGUUGUUGAAGGACUGAAGAAGAUCCUCAUCAGUUGCAGGGAGAGAGAAGGCCUGGAUCAGGAGGUUCAAGGAAAAGUUGAGAGGCUUAUUGCUGAGCUCCAAGGGAAAAGGCCUCCAUUCGACCCAGAUGCUCGAAGGAUUGAAGAUGGCUUUGACUUCUUCAAGAAGAACAUAUAUGACCAACAUCCUGAUUAUUUCAGAGAACUUGCAGAAGGCCAACACCCGAGGUUUUUGGUCUUUUCAUGCUCGGAUUCCCGAGUAAGCCCCUCAGUUGUUCUUAAUUUCAAGCCAGGAGAAGCUUUCGGUGGCCGCAACAUUGCUAAUAUGGUUCCUCAAUUCGACCAGCUGAGACACACCGAAAUUGGUUCAGUCAUUGAAUAUGCUGUUAAAGCUCUUGAGGUACAAAACAUCCUGGUCAUGGGACAUAGUCGUUGUGGUGGGAUAGAGAGGCUCAUGAAGCUUCCGGACAAGAGUACUACUUAUGACUUCAUAGAUCAGUGGGUGCAAAUUGGUUUGCCAGCAAAGCUCAAGGUCCUGGCAGAGGCUAAUGAUCUGACAUUUGAAGAACAAUGCAGGCUGUGUGAAAAGGAAUCAGUGAAGAACUCGAUGGCAAAUCUGCUGACUUAUCCAUUUGUGAGAAAUGCAGUGGUGAGUGGAACUCUGACAUUGAGGGGAGGUUAUUAUGAUUUUGUGAAUGGAACUUUUGAGCAAUGGAAGAUGUGUACAGAACCAAUGCCUCCAAUGCCUAUGCCCUUCUAACAAUAUUUGCAAGUUUUAGACACUUAAGUCUCGUCUAGAGAUACAAAUUAAACCUGUAUGAAUAAGGCAGAGCAGCUACUGUGAGCUUAGUUUGCUAUUUAAAUAUGUUGUAUUUGUUCUA